UCUGGAGUGCGGAGUGUGAUAAGGCAUUUAAUGAUUGUAAAAAGCAAUUGCUGAAGGCAGAUGUAUUGACUUUUUAUGAUCCCAAAUUACCAAUAAUAGUGUCGGCGGAUGCUUGUUCGUAUGGACUUGGAGGAGUUAUUUCCCAUAUGAUAAAUGGAAUGGAAAAACCAAUUUGGUUCACAUCAUUUUCUUUGAAUGCGGCACAAAAAAGUUAUCCCAUUCUCCAUUUGGAGGCAAUGGCUAUUGUAUCAACGGUAAAAAAGUUCCAUAAGUUUCUGUUUGGUAAAAAAUUCAUUAUUUACACAGAUCAUAAACCAUUACUAGGAAUUUUGGGUAAAAAUGGUAAAAAUUCGAUUUUUGUUACCAGAUUACAGCGUUUUGUGAUGGAACUAUCAAUUUACGAUUUUGAUUUAAUAUAUAGACCUUCGGGAAGGAUGGGUAAUGCGGACUUUUGUUCGAGAUUUCCUUUAAAUGUUGAAGUUCCACAAAAAAUUGAUGAACAGUUUAUAAAAAGCUUAAAUUUUUCAAAUGAACUCCCAGUAGAUUUUUUGGUUGUAGCUUCUGAAACAAAAUCUGAUAAGUAUUUGAAGAAAAUAAUAUUCUAUUUACAAAAUGGUUGGCCUGACAAUGUGGAUAAGGAUUUAAGGAAUGUUUAUUCACAAUUGAAAGAUUUGGAAUAUGUGAAUGGUUGUUUGCUUUUUCAAGAAAGGGUAUUUAUACCUGAAAUUUUGCAAAGAAAAAUGCUUAAAUUGUUACAUUCCAAUCAUGUCGGAGUAAUAAAAAUGAAGCAAUUGGCCAGAAAGCAUGUGUAUUGGACAGGAAUUAAUUCGGACAUUGAAAAAUUUUCUAGAAAUUGUGAAAUAUGUUCAAAAAUGGCCGUAGUGCAUGGGACUAAUAAAACCUACGAAUGGAUUCCUACUUCUAGACCAUUUAGCCGAAUUCACACGGAUUUCUUUUAUUUUGAAAGGCAUAACUUUCUUUUGAUAAUCGACAGUUAUUCUAAAUGGUUGGAAAUAUACUUGAUGAAUUACGGAUCGGAUGCAACGAAAGUUUUAAAAAAGUUUUCAGAAUUUUUCUCGAGAUUUGGGCUACCGGAUGUUAUAGUUUCUGAUAACGGACCUCCCUACAAUUCUCAGCAAUUUGUUUUGUUCAUGGAGAAACAUGGGAUUAAGGUUUACAAAAGCCCUCCGUAUCAUCCUCAGAGCAAUGGACAAGCGGAAAGACUUGUAAGAGUGGCAAAAGAGGUUUUAAAGAAAUUUUUGUUGGAUCCAGAUAUAAGAUCCAGAGACAUACAAGAUAAAUUGGAUUAUUUUCUUUUUAAUUAUAGAAAUAGUUGUUUGACAAAGGGUGAAGAUUUUCCGACGGAGAGGAUUUUCAAAUAUAGACCAAAAACACUAUUAGAUUUGGUCAACCCUCAGAACGAUUACAAAAAGCAACUUUUGACUAGAGAGCCUGUUAAAAAUAACGACAAAUUGGUCGAAGGAGAAACACAGCUGGGUCCUUCCCAAUAUGAGCUAGAAAAAUCUGACCCAUUAACAAAUUUGAUUAGAGGAGACAAGGUUCUCUACAAAAAUCCUAAUGAUAGAAAGAUUGAAAGAUGGUUAAAUGCUACUUUUAUUAAAAGGAUAUCUCGUAAUGUAUUUCAGAUAGCGCUAGGGGCGCAUGUGGUCUCGGCUCACAGGGGGCAGAUCAGAGUGCAGAAAACUGAACCAAGGCGCAAUGUGGCGUUUCAGUCGUUAGAGAUGGGAGAGAAUGUUGAUGAAGGAGAGAGAAUUCUGCCACAUGCGAGUGGUCCUAAAAGACGGCGAGAGGAGUCGGAAGAAGAAGAGGAAGAUUUCCGAGGGUUCUCGCUUAGCCCAACACAACCACCUCCAACAAGAAGCGAAUUGCACCCCGAGCGAAUUUUGAGUCCAUCAGCGGCAGGAGAAUCGUGCACGAGUAUUCCAGUGGUGCGUAAAUCGAGUAGAAGAAGGAAGUUAUUAAGACAAGAAGAUUUUGUGUAUUUUUAAUUUUCUUUGAAUUUCUUUAUACAUUUGAAUUAUUAUUUUGUAAGAAUUAUUUUUUAUCUUAAAGGGUGAGAACUGUAAUGAACUCAAAUUAGAAGUUUUUUAAAUUAGAGUGUAAGGCGUUAGCAGUUUAAUACAUAGAUAAACAAAAAACAUAAUGUUCGGUUUUCCGCGAAAGUUUACGAUCGGGUUUUCACGAAUUGUGUAAGAAGUUUUCUUGUGGAAUAAACAGAUUUGCUUCGGCCCAUUUUGUUCCUGCCCGAAUAGAACAGAACCAUGGUAUCACAUUACUUUUCCAUUGAAUUUAAAUGUGACCAUGAACCUAAUGGUCGGCAAUCGGGGUUUCCAGGAAUUUUUUAAAAAAAUUAUUCGAAGUGUUCGGAGAUGGGCGAAACGCAAAAUACAACCGAAACACUGCAUCCGGCACAGGAGGCGAUAGCCAAUGGAUACUGGGGGCGGCUACGGAAUGCCGGAAUUUGCCUCAGAACGACGGAAUGCCGGAACCUGUCGCAGACCAAUCCAGUGAAUGAUGAAAUGUGUGAGUAAAGUGUUAAAAUUAUGAGAAUUAAUAAUAAAUGGUAAUAAAUUCA